GGGCGGAGCCAGCAUCUGCCCGCUGCAUCCCUGUGCCCGGUGCUGGUCCUCGUCUGGUGCCGGCAUGGCCCUGAGCGAUUUGCCCGUGGCGGGCGCAGCCGAGGAGGAGGCGGAGGGCGAGGCGCCGGCCCGUGGCGCCGCCCUGGAAGCGUUCGGCGAGAGCGCGGAGAUCCGCGCGCUGCUCGGCCGCCUGCGGGCGGUGCAUGGCGAGCGCGAAGCCCGGGAGGUGGUGGAGGAGCGGUUCCGCGUAAUAAUGGACAAGUACCAGGAGCAGCCCCACCUGUUGGACCCACACCUUGAGUGGAUGAUGAACUUGCUGUUGGACGUGGUGCGAGAUAAGACAUCCCCAGCUGCCCUUGUACAUCUGGCUUUUAAAUUUCUCUACAUCAUCACCAAGGUUCGAGGCUACAAGGUAUUUCUUCGUUUGUUUCCUCACGAAGUAGCCGACGUGCUUCCGGUGCUGGACAUGUGCGCGGUGCAGAGCCCCACAGACCACGAGACGUGGGAAACCCGCUACAUGCUGCUCCUGUGGCUCUCCAUGACCUGCCUGAUCCCUUUCGAUUUUUCACGCUUUGACGGGAACCUCCUUGCCCACCCCAAGGAGGCGCGUGUGUCCACGAUGGACCGCAUCCUGCACAUCGCGCAGGCGUACCUGGCUGUCAGCGACAAGGCCCGAGACGCAGCUGCUGUCCUCCUGUCCAGGUUUAUCACGCGUCCUGACGUCAAGCAGAGGAAGAUGGCUGACUUCUUGGACUGGAGCCUCUGCACCUUGGCCCGCUCUUCCUUCCAGACCAUGGAGGGGGUCAUUGCCAUGGACGGGACUCUGCAGGCCCUGGCCCAGAUAUUUAAACACGGGAAGCGUGAGGACUGUCUGCCCUAUGCCAGCACCGUGCUCCAGAGCCUUGAUGGCUGCAGACUUCCUGAGAGCAACCAGACCCUGCUGCGGAAGCUGGGGGUGAAGCUGGUGCAGCGGCUGGGGCUGACCUUCCUGCGGCCAAAGGUGGCCACGUGGAGGUACCAGCGGGGCUGCCGGUCGUUGGCUGCUAACCUGCAGCUCUGUACCCAGGGUCGGAGUGAGCAGAAGCCGCUCGAGGUGCCGUCUGAGAGCGACGAGGACUAUGACGUCCCCGACGGGGUGGAAAGUGUGAUAGAGCAGCUGCUGGUUGGACUGAAGGACAAAGAUACGGUGGUGCGGUGGUCUGCGGCCAAGGGAAUCGGCAGGAUGGCUGGAAGGCUUCCCAGAGCGCUGGCGGACGACGUGGUUGGGUCUGUGUUGGACUGCUUCAGCUUCCAGGAGACAGACAAGGCGUGGCAUGGCGGAUGUCUGGCACUGGCGGAACUGGGCAGACGAGGCCUGUUGCUCCCGUCGCGGCUGGAGGAGGUUGUCGCAGUGAUCCUGAAGGCGCUGACCUACGACGAGAAGCGGGGCGCCUGCAGCGUGGGCGCCAACGUCAGGGACGCCGCCUGCUACGUGUGCUGGGCCUUCGCACGAGCCUACGAGCCGCAGGAGCUGAGGCCCUUCGUGACCGCCAUUGCCAGGGCGCUGGUCAUCUCCGCGGUGUUUGAUCGGGACGUGAACUGCAGGAGAGCAGCCUCGGCUGCCUUCCAGGAGAAUGUGGGGAGACAGGGCACUUUCCCUCACGGGAUCGAUAUCGUGACCACAGCUGACUACUUUGCAGUUGGGAACAGAGCGAAUUGCUUCCUGAUCAUAAGUGUGUUUAUUGCUGGCUUUCCCGAGUACACGCAGCCAAUGAUAGACCACCUGGUCGCCAUGAAGAUCUGCCACUGGGAUGGGGACAUCAGAGAGCUGUCAGCGAAGGCACUGCACAACCUGGCCCAACUGGCGCCCGAGUACAGCGCCACUCAGGUGCUCCCGGCCCUGCUGUCGAUGGCGCUGAGCUCAGACCUGCACACGCGGCAUGGAGCCAUUCUCUCCUGCGCGGAGAUCACCUACGCCCUGUUCAAGCUGGCGGCACAGAGGGACAGGCCUGUCACAGACUACCUGGAGGAGAAGGUGGUGCAGGGCCUCAGGCAGAUUCACCAGCAGCUCUGUGAGCGGCAGCUGUACAGGGGUCUGGGAGGAGAGCUCAUGAGGCAAGCAGUGUGCGUCUUGGUGGAGAAGCUAUCACUUUCCAGAAUGCCCUUCAGAGGUGACUCUGUGGUCGGUGACUGGCAGUGGCUGAUCGACGACACCCUGAGGAGUCUUCAUCUUGUUUCCAGCCACGCCAGGCAGCAGAUCAAGGACGCUGCGGUCGCGGCCCUGGCUGCUCUCUGCUGUGAAUACUACGUGCAGGAGCCAGGGGAGGCCCGUCCUGCAGCUCAGGAGGAGCUGAUCCCACGGUACCUGGCUGAGCUGCGGAGCCCUGAGGAGAUGGCCCGCUGUGGCUUCUCCUCAGCCCUGGGUGCCCUUCCGGGCUUCCUCCUGAGAGGCCGGCUGCAGCAGGUGCUCACAGGCCUGACAGCAGUCACCCGAUCCUCUCCCAAGGAUGUGAGCUUUGCCGAGGCCCGGAGGGACGGCUUGAAGGCCAUUGCCAGGGUUUGCCAGACCGUGGGUGUCAAAGCAGAGGGGCCCCCGGACGACGCUGUGUGCGCAGAGAACGUCGCGCAGGUGUACGCCGCGCUGCUGGACUGCAUGGGCGACUACACCACAGACAGCCGGGGGGACGUGGGGUCCUGGGUCCGUGAGGCCGCCAUGACCAGCCUGAUGGACCUGACGCUUCUUCUGGCGCAAACCCAGCCCAUGCUGAUUGACGCCUAUGUGUGCGAGCGCCUCAUGUGCUGCGUGGCCCAGCAGGCCAGUGAGAAGAUCGACCGGUUCCGCGCCCACGCCUGCCGUGUGCUGGUGACGCUCCUGCACUUCGACAGCCCUCCGGUCCCCCACGUGCCUCACCGAGAAGAACUGGAAAGGCUGCUCCCCAGGUCUGACGUGGCGUCCGUGAACUGGAGCGCGGCCUCCCAGGCCUUCCCUCGCGUCACCCAGCUGCUGGGCCUGCCCACCUACCGCUACCACGUCCUGCUGGGGCUGGCCGUGUCUGUGGGAGGACUGACGGAGUCCACGGUCAGGCAUUCCACGCAGAGCCUGUUAGAGCACCUGAAGGGGAUUCAGAAGGACCCGCAGGCCCUGUGGAGCUUCAGCGAGACGCUCCUGCAGGUCUUUGAGGAUAAUCUCCUGAAUGACCGGGUGUCCGUGUCGCUGCUGAAGAUGCUGGACCAGGUGCUGGCCAAUGGGUGCUUCGACAUCUUCACCGCAGAGGAGAACCACCCCUUCUGCGUGAAAUUGCUGGCGCUCUGUAAGGAAGAGAUAAAGAAGUCGAAGGACGUGCAGAAGCUUCUGUCCAGCAUCGCAGUGCUCUGCGGGCUGGUGCCGUUCUGCGGCGACGUGAGGAAGAAGGUGCUCCUGCAGCUGUUCCUCCUCCUGGGCCACCCGUUCCCCGUGAUCCGGAAGGCCACGGCCCGCCAGGUCUACGAGGUGGUGCUCACCUACACCGACGUGGUGGCCGGGGACGUCCUGGACGAGGUCAUGGCUGUGCUCAGUGACACGGCCUGGGACGCAGCGCUCCCAGUGGUGAGAGAGCAGCGGAAUCGCCUGUGUGACCUCCUUGGCGUGCCCAGACCCCAGCUGGUCCCCAAGCCUGGUGCCUGUUGAAGCCAGUCCCGGAAGCCCUGGAGCCUGCGCAGCGGGAGGAGCUGUCCACAGCGGUGCUGCCUGUCCACCGAGGGACGGCACUUGGGACCCACAGCUGUUGCCAGAUGCUCUCCUCACGAGCGGCCGUGCUGCUGGCCUGGCUGCCUUGUUUUUGCCUCCGUGGAACAAACGUGCUUCCCAUAAAAUCAUGUACCAAGCC